AUGAAUAGUGAUGAGCCACUGCAGGAGCCAAGCGAUUUGGCCCACGGCCGCACAAUCCGCGCGCCACCGAGAAAUGAUGCAACAGAGGAGGAGCUUGUAGAUGAGGAGUGGCACGCGUUGGUCGAACCUCGGCUCAAUGUGCUCAACACUUGGGCCAAGUUAUUUGGUGCGGAGAUCGAGAGGUGCGGAGAUCGUCCGUGCUUCGCUGAGGACGAGCAGAUGUCCAAGUCUCCUCGAAGCGCUCACUGGCAGCUGCGUGAGGACCGGCGCUUCGCACGACUGCAGAGGGCCUGGGAGCAGGAUCGGCUCAGAGACAUGGAGGCCAAGUAUCAGCAGAAUGCGCCGGAGUACGAACGCUCCGAAGUGCCGCUCCGGCCGGGCGGCGUGGAGCCACCCUUCUCGCAGCGACGGCAGCAAGAGAUCCUGGAGGAGUUCCAGAGGCAGAAGGACCUGCAGGUAGAGAAGGAAGAGCAGGAGGAGCGCGAGCGUUUGCAACAAGAACGACAAAGGCAGAAGGAGGAGCGGCGACAACAACGACGCGACAGUCGAACGCGGAACGCCACACGGCAGGCUCGGCAGGCGGGCACCGCUACGACCACUUCUACACCGGUACCAUUUGUUCUGGCAAGGCUGGCGAUGAAGAUCUCCAGGCUCUUCCGCCGCGCGGAGGUGGCCGCGGCACAGGACGAGGCCGCCGGUCACGCGGCGGAGGCGUGGAACUUGGAGGAGGUGCACAUUCAGCGGCCGCGGCCGGCGGUCUCCACAGCGGGGCAAGUGAAGAUGCUGGUGGAGCAGGUGGAGGAGGUCCUGGCCUCCAGCGCCGACGGUCCCGACCUCGCGCGGCGGCGGAUCUUCCGGGAGCUGCAGCGCACGUUGCACCCGGACAAGAAUGAUGGGAUCGAAGCCUACAAGCUGGCAUUCCAACAUUUGAUGAACCGGCGGCGCGGUUACUUGCAAGAGUAG